CUAACUUCGGAAGGAUCCUUUUGGUGGGCUCAUUUAAUCGCGCGCGUCUUGAGGUGCGUCCGAAAGUCGAAACAGCAGAUGCAAUAAUUAGUUGCUGUCCGCAAGGCACAUUCCCAGACGUGGCGGGGCGCUUAUCUCAACCAAUCAAGCAUUGUCAGAGUCAGUCGAUGAACAUGCCAGGUCGCUACUUAAACAACGCGUAAGCCUUGGUGAAUUCCAGGUGUCCUUUUUCUUUCUUGAUCUAAUCCUGCCAGAGGAUGCUGCAGAGAGACAGGUGCCACAGAUCGUCAUGACUGAUCCUUUGAGCGUGUCGGCUGCCAUUCUGGCCGUCAUCACGGCCGCGGCGCAGGCAACGAAGCUGCUGCAUGAAACCGUGGAGAGCUACAAAGGCCGUGACAAGACCUUGAAGAAGCUCGAUGACGAGCUUAAUGAUAUGAUUAGGAUCUUGGACUCAUUAGCGCAAGCAAAAGAUAUAGAUGACAAGAUGUGGGACCUGCUCAAAGACCCGGUCAAACGAUGCAGCGAAGUAUGUCGCGAGUUCGAACAGGCGAUGCAAGCAUUUGGGAAAAAGUCAAAGACCGGAAUCCGAGACUGGACGCGGUUGGAGUUCAGGAAGGGCGACAUCAACGAUUUUAUAGACCAGAUCGCUAGCUACAAGUCGACUAUAGCAGUUGGCUUGGGCAUCAUAACCAUGCACAACUCCAGAGUCACGCGCCAGUUCCUUCAGGAAUACAUGGAGUUGGUCAAGGACACGUCGUACAGCCUCGAGUUGCAUCUGCAGCGAAUCGAGGAGAAAAUGGCGUUGGAUCGUAGUGGAAGCGCCCAGCAAUCGGAAGACAGCGUAGAUCUAGCGGACGAGAGGGCGGUCACGAAGAAGUGUCUUCGCAUCUGCGAAGACGCGUGGGCGUACAUAGAGGCUCUGAUGAACCGCGAGUCGACCGUGCUGAACGAAGCGACCUCGGAAGAUUCCAAAAACGCGGUCAACAAAGCGUUCGAGGCGCAGCUAGAAACACGCAGACUCAUGGACGAGAAUCGAGACAGUCUCGCUGAGAUCAUCGGCUGGCUUCGACAACGUCUGGAGACUCUUGUCGUGGAGGACGAUCCUGGCAGCGGCGUCGAGCGUCAGAGGUUACAGCAGGACAUCGACAUCUCGAAGCGGUGUCUCGAAUUGUGCAAGCUAGCCACAAAAAUGUCCCGAGAGAAGAUACACGUCAUCGACGAGGCGAUUGCCGACGACUACAGCGAUCAGAUGGUCUUGACCACCGUGGCCGAUCUGUUCAGCGUGAAGACGGCAAAGUCGAUGGGGCAUUCGACCCAGGUGGUCGGUUCGAUGACACCAGAGAAUUUCCAGAGCCUGACCGAAAAGCGUUACAACGGCCAUGUUGUACGUCCGGUCGUCGAGUCGAGUCCGGCUGAGGCUGGCGCCUCUCGACCGGCCCCAGUCUCCGAACCUUCAAAGAGCGUUGACCAAACCGUGGUCACGGAGCGCUCUCAAGUGCCGAGACCGGGAUACACGAAACCGUUCCCGAAUGAAGUGAGGAAGCGGUUCACGAGGGACGAUCAUGAUGAUGUGUGAAGAGCGGGGUUCAGCGUUUGUUCUGCACGAGUGAUCUAUCUUUUUGCAUAAGAAACCAGCGUUCAUGCCUUUACUCUGUACUUGUGGUUCUAACUUCGGUCUUUUGGGAAAGAGACAAUGUAUACUUGAUAAAGUACAGUCGAAUAAAAAAAUAAAAAGGGAGGUGGGUGCGAAGAGUGCGGAGCUUUUUAUGCACCAGAAUCAUGAAAACAAAGUCUUGUGGCCCUGUGCUCUUUGCCCAACGGCCGAAACAAGUGCUACAAGCACCACAUACAUACCGUCCUUUCGUCGGCUGUCG